AAAAUAUACUUGCGUCGCUGUCGUGCACAAGCUGCUCUGUGAUUGGCGAAACCAGCGCCGCCAGCUGCACGUAUUGCAUCGUCAUAUUUGUACGCAGACAUCGGAUCUAAGGAAACGGUGGACUAAUAAAAACAAUUAAACCAUGAUGAAGACAGAACUUCUCUGCCUCCUGGUGUGCUCUGUAGCCUUGGUCUCAUUUGGCCAAGCCCAGGAGACAAGUCAGGACAUCCUCGAACUGGUGGCCAGGAACACAGAAUUUGCUACUAAUCUUUACCGCAAGAUAGCUAGUACCAGCGACAACAACAUAGUCUUCUCACCCUUGAGCAUUUCAGCAUCACUAGCCACAAUGUUAUGGGGCAGUCAAGGGGUCACACGUGACCAGAUCCUUGCGGGGCUGUCAUUGGCAACCUUGAGGCAAAGCAACCAACCAGAAAGAAUUCCAGAACUCUUCCAGGGGUUGCAGGAGAACCUAUCUCAGAACGGGGCACUUCAGCCAGACCGGGCCACGGCCUUCUUUGUUCAACAACAGCUGGAGGUGGAGAAAGCUUUUAGCGACCAGGCUAAGAAGUUCUUUGGUGCAGAUAUCAACAAAGUGGAUUUCUCAAACGUCCAGGCCAGCACAACCACUAUUAAUGAUUAUAUCAGGAGCCGGACAGGUGGCAACGUGAAAUCUGUAGCUGAAAACAUUGACCCCAAGACCCAGCUCAUGCUCAUCAGCAGCAUCUUCUUUCAAGCUAAGUGGGAGCUUCCCUUUAACAGCAGCUUCACGCAGGAAGAACGCUUCUUUGUGAACAAGUACAAAACUGUGCAAGUGCCGAUGAUGUUUAGGGUGGACAGGUACUACCUGGCCUAUGACGGAAGCCUUAAAGUCGGCAUCCUGAAGUUGCCAUUGCAGGCCAAGGUCGCCAUGCUCAUUCUUCUGCCAGACAAGGAUGUCGAUUACACCUCCAUCGAUGAGGAGCUCACCAAUGAGCGCUUCCUUGGCUGGAUCAAGCAGCUCAAGAAAAUCAAGUUAGAGGUGCAGCUGCCGAGGAUCAGGCUGGAGGAGUCCUACGCCAUGUCAAAGGUGCUGCCUGACCUUGGCUUCGACAAUGUUUUUGACAACAGGGCCGAACUCACUGGGUUCAGCAAAGCAGCAGAACUGAAGGUGUCUGAGGUACUGCAUAAGGCUGUAAUUAAGGCUGAUGAGGAGGGAACAUCGGUUACUGCUUCCCCGGCAACCAGCGUCAGCGAAUUCUCCAUGCUCCCCCGCCUCACAAUGAACCGGCCCUUCCUCUUCCUCGUUUAUCAUGAGGUCACCAACAGCAUCCUGUUCAUGGGCCGAGUGAUCGACCCUACCAAGAGCUGAUGUGAUGGAGUGACACUGCGACAGGUCCAGUGAUCUAUAGGAACCUGCCCAGAUCCCCUCAGCCCUUUGUCACAUUUUAAAAUCACUUUCUUGGUUUUUGUGUAAUGCACUUUCUAAUCCUAUGCUAUGUUUUUGUUUAGAAAUAACUUAUGUUUGGAAACUUAAUGAUUAACGUCUUUCAUAAAAUACAAAAGGAUAGUCAUGUUCAUUAUCAUUAAAACUGCUGAAUAAUCAUCAAUAUUCCAACUACUUAUCCUGGAUAGGGUUAUGUUGAAAUAAGUAUUUACAAUAUCAGUAUGUAUAGAUUUUCUAUAACUGCUUAUCUUAUACGGUUUCGAAAAAGGAUCAAAAAGAACCUAAGCCAGUAACACACCAACUAAACCUGGCAAUUGGUUGCUGAGCCAAAUAAGGUGUAUUUCAACAGGAAAAUCUGCUAAAUUGUUGCAGUAUGAUCCUCCAGGACCUGAAUUGGGAAAUCCUGCACUGGUGUAUAGCGAUAUGUAAAUUGCAUUAUGUUUAAAUUACAUACUCAGUGGGCAUGUAUCACUUGUGUUACAGUAGUUGAACUUUUAAUGGGAUGCUCAAAAUAAGGGAUUUUAACCUUGUUAUGUUCAUAAAAAUACAUAUGACAUCUGUCCAGAUCUGUAAAAGAAAAGCAAUGCAUGCUAUGUUACAAAAAUAAACUUAAAUACAUACUGUA